AUGCCGAUGCCAGGAGAACGGUUCCUCCCUUCUUCCUUGAACCCUUUUUCUAGAUCUUCCAAUUCCUCUAAUCCUAACCCUGCCGAAUCGCAUUCGUCAAUGUCAUUCAACCCUUCUUCAUCGUCGUCAUCUUCGUUAAUACCACCGACGGAACCACAUAAAGCAUUAUCAGAAAUACUUGCAAACGCACACAUCUCAAGAGAAGGUAAAUUCUCAAACUCAACUAAAGCAGCUCUGAUCAAAGGUUUAUAUCAAACUAUAUGGCAAAAACAAGAAUGGAUAAAAUACUUCUUACCCGUUUCAUCUUCAAAUAAUCAUGAUCAUAACGAUACAACUUUACCUAGUUUUGGUAAUCUUGGAGAUUGGUUAAUCUCUGAUGAAAAUGGAAAUACCAAACCGUGGUCAAUGAGUCAAGCUCAAUCGAAUUUGGAGAAUCAGUUCAAAGAUAAGGGGAAACAACCAUUGAGAAAAGUAAGAAAUGGUAUGAUCUGUGGAAAAGUCUUACAAAGAUUUGAAAGAACUUUUACUUGCAAAACAUGCGCUAUCAAUCCAUCUGUUAUACUCUGUGCGGAAUGUUUUCAGUCAUCAGAUCAUGAAGGACAUGAAGUAUUAUUCGGACAAUCAUAUUCAUUUUCAGCAUCAUGCGAUUGUGGUGAUCCAUCAGCAUGGAAAUCCAAUUCAUAUAUAGGAUGUUCAAAUCAUCCUAAAUUAGAACAAGGUGAAAAACCAACUCAAACUUUAAAAUAUGAUAUACCAGAUAAUCUCUUGAUAGCAAUACAUAAAACGAUUGUUAUAAUUCUCGAAUUCAUCAUACAGACAUUACAACAUUCGUUGCUACCCAGUGAAUAUGGACAUUUACCCAAGACAGAAGAAGAAAUGAAAAAUAUGAAUAUGGAAUUUCAAACUGGCGAAUCAAAAGACAAAAGAAGUAAAGGUCCUUGGGGCGUUGUAAUGUGGCAAGAUGAAAAACACGUCCUAAGAGAAAUGACAAGACAGCUUAGAGACGCAUUAGGUAUCAAGUGGGAAAUUGCAGAACAAUGGAUAAGAGAAGUUGAUGAAGUUGGUCGAAAAGUCAUUCUCGUCUCACCAAAUCCUAUAAUAGCAUUCCACGCAGCCAACAUGAUGCAACAGAUUGAUGCGCCCGUCUCACUCCGUCUAGCCUCAGAUACGUUCAAAGAAGAAACAGUCGGCGUCUUGAUAUCCUGGAUGAACGAUAUGAUCAAAUCAACUAUCGAUGGAGACGAUACAGUGUUCAAGAGAAUGUUAGCAAAGGCAUUAUAUGAACCUCGACUACGGCAUUCUGGUGUAGGUCAAGGAACACCACUUGCCCCGGAUUUGAAAGAUUUAGAAUGGGGUAAAGUUAUGGCAGGUCAUGAUACGAGAAGGAUCGACUGGCUCUUACAACUUGAUUCGAGAUUAUGGAAAAAGGCGAAAUGGGAAAUGAGACAGAUUUAUUGUUCAGUAUUGCUAUUUGAUUUGGAUGUACGGAAAGAUUUAGCGUCUCGAUUUGCUAUGAAUUACCCUCGAUUAGUAGAACAUUACCUCUUCCAAGAUCGAGAAUUGGACACCAAUAUCAUCUAUUCAUCCGCUUAUCUCAUAUUCACCAACGGUGCAGUUUGCGCUCACGCCACCUCCAAAGGUCAACUGUACAACAACGUCCUUCAUGUUGUCCACGCAUGGUAUACCGGUCAAGUACUGAAAAGCGAUGGUUGUGAUCGAUUGAUCAUUCCCCCUAAUCAGUUUGACCCCAAUGAUUCCACCGCAAAAGGACGAUUAGAUAUUGAAGUUCCCGCUUUCAGAAACAAAAAAGGACUCGCUCUUUUAGGUCACCUCAGAGGCAUGAUCCGACACACCGAGAUGAGGAAGAUCAUUGUUCGCCAACCUCAACUGUUCAAUCGAGCUCUUUGGUUCAUCAAUAUGUUCGUCGGUUUACAGCCUCAGAAACGAGAACAAUCUGAACAUGUAGAAUAUGAAAUUGAUUGGUAUAGAUCAUUCAUAGUUUUACCUGACAUUGCCAAAUUUUGUCGAGAACUAGGAGAAUCUUUCUUAGUGGGAACACCGGAUCAAGUUCUAUCCGCAAUGGCAAUUGUCGUUAAUAGGAUUCUGACAGACAUGAUGUUAAUGUCAAACACACUAGACAGGGAUAGAUAUAUAAGACCAGUGGAACACGAUGUUCAAGAUGUCUUAUACCAAGGAUCGAGAUUCAUCUUAAUCAAGCAAUCUGUGGCUAGGAUAGAAGCUUUUAGUUUUCACCAUUACUUGAACUUACUUCUCGCGGAGAUGCUCAAAUCUUCUAGACAAGUAAUACCGUUUGAAAAAGAUUCAUCAAAACCUUCCGACUUGACUCAAAUCAUCGAAAGAUUCGUUUUAAGAGCACAGAAUCCAAGUGACAGUGAAAGGAUGAAAUUGAUGAUCAUUGAAUGGCCAAUGCAAAUGCAUGUCGUUUUGUCCCAAAUUAGAGCUGACAUGUGGAAGAAGAAUGGACAAGCGGUAAAGCAACAACAUCAUCAUUAUCGAGAAAUGACCGUCAGAGAAGCUACCCUGGAUCAAGAUUUCUUCUUGCUUCAAUUUGGAUUAUGUAUCAUCGAUCCAGCCAAAUUCAUGGUUGCACUGAUUGAUCGAUACGGUCUUGCACCUUGGUUUAGAGGGAAUCCCAAAAACCCAGAUAUAUGGUUAUCUCAAGCUACAGAACCGAAACAACGCAUAAAUCUAUUCGAAGAUUUCCUUCUACUUGUUAUUCACCUGGUAUCAUAUCCUGCUAUAAUAAAUGGUUGGUCGAGAGAUAAAAUAACAAGAAAACACAUUAUACAUCAAUUAGCUGUCCAACCUUUGGCAUACUCUGAAAUAUACAAGAAGCUCCCUGAAAGAAGUCAAGAGUCCAGUGUCACGCCGAUUUUGAAACAAGUUGCCGAUUUCAGGGAACCAACUGAAUCAUCUGCUGGGCAAUACUCGUUGAAGGAUGAAAUCUUCGAUGAAAUUGAUCCUUAUUGGCAUUACUACACAAAGAACGAUCAACGUGGAGCGAUGAAACAAAUCGUUUCAAGCCUACAGAAAAGUGAUCCUUCGAACGAAACCCCACUCGUCCUUCCUCGACCAUUGGAACUUCCACCAACAGGUAAUGCUUUCACUUCGGUGGGGAAUUACCUUCAGACACACGUCGUUGGCGACAUAGUCUAUUGGGCAAUCACCCACUGUCUCCAUAUGAGUAAUAUGGAUGAAUGGGCCACGAUCUUCCAUUCUUCUGUGUCGAUUGAAUCUAGAGAACCGCCGCAGGUACCUACAUGGGACUUUGUUCUCGAGUACGCUCUUCAUCUAACGAUGAUAGCACUUUCAGUCGCCCCCGCCCAGUUCGCAGAACAUUCAUUGCAGAUCAAAGGAUCAGAAGGAGAUCACUCGACUUUCCAAAAUCUUUGGUUGAUGCAAACGAAUUCAGCAUACAAAGCAUAUAAAGCUAGAAUCGAUUAUAUUCUCGAUACAAUCGUGAAUUAUCUUCCGCAAGAAUACACAAUCGAUUAUCGAGCAAACAAAGAAGCUGAAUCACUGUUAUCAUUAUCAUCACCUGUCAAACCAGAUCCUAAAGCUGCAGCUGCAGCGAGACAGAAAGCGAUCAUGGCUGCUUUUGCUAAACAGCAACAAAAUUUCGCAGCUAUGAUGGACGAAGGUGAAGACGAAGAUGAAUCAAUGACAGAAGAUAUUGAAACUGAAGAAGAAGGCGAGAACUACGGUCAGUGUAUAGUAUGUCAAGAGGAGGUCAACUCAAAAGCACCAGGUGGUAUGAUGGCAUUACUCCAACCUAGUAGAACUUUAAGAGAAGCUGUACAUGAUAGAGAUUGGUUAGAAGAAUCUCUACAAACUCCAACUUCAUUAGAUCGAUCAACUAGGUAUCAUCGAUUCUCACAUUCUAAUUCUAAAACCGAUAGAAGCGAAGUAGUCGAACCUACAACAACAGAAGGUUAUCCAAAUACAUCAAUGAAAUUCGGUAUACACAUGUCAGCGUGUAGUCAUUUCAUGCAUGAGACGUGCAUGGCCAACUAUUUCGAUGCGACAAAAAUCAGACACACUCAACAAGUACAAAGGCAUCAUCCCGAAAAUGCAGUCAGGUUGGAAUACAUGUGUCCUUUGUGCAAAUCUCUAGGAAACGUACUUAUCCCGGUUGAAGCUUCUACAACACCAAGAAAACCGCCUAUAAUCGUGAAGAAAGAAGGGGAUAAAGCACCAAGUUUAUCAAUGACCAUCAGACGUGUGUCAAGUGAAGGAUUGUUGAGAGUCGCAGACAGUCAAAGGAUUUGGGACCAUCAUUUCGAAACGGGUGAAGUCAUACCUUGGUUCUCUGAUUGCGUCUUCUCAGUGCAUUCUUUGGAUCACACUUAUCGUCGCAGUCACAUGAGGAGUACAUCAAGAAUGGCAGAUAGAAUGAGAGGAUUGAUCCGACCUUUAUCAGAACAAUCCCAACGGAUCAGAGGUAAGAAGACACACAUGUAUCUACCAGACGAUAUGGUUGGAUACACAGUCUCAAUGGCGGAGAUCACUCAAAGAGGCUUAGGUAGUCCUUCAACUGCAGUCGAUAAACAAGUCAUAACGGUAGCUGAACAGGUACCUGAGAUGUCAAUGAAGUUGAUCAAGAAGUUAAUCGGACUACUUCAAUUAGAAUUAGAUUUAUACUUCGGACCUGGAUUCGAUAGAACAGCUUUAAGAGUUGGAAUCUUCGCUAGGUUCUUACCUGACUGGUAUAGAUCCUCAACCCUGCCUUCGCCUCUCUUAUUGAGGAGGCCAUUGGGCAUGGUAAUUGAGACCGCUGCUAUAGCACCUGAUUUGCUUCAAAGUGUUAUCGUCAUGGCCUAUUACGCUGAACUCACAAGAGCAAUGUUGGGUUUAUCACUCUUCGUCAAAAAGGGCUGCUCAUCAAGAUUGAACGCUUCACCCAGGUCAACACCACCAUACGAUCCUACUCUAUCUGAUGGAAUGGAGAUGUUCACCGGAUUCAAGGGGAUCAUGUUAUCGAUUCUUAGAAACGCUGGACCGUUCACAGACGCAGAAGGUGUUUUAGCUAUAAUCUCAGAUGAGAUGUUAGCCAAAUUACUGUAUACGCAUACAUUACCUUUCUUAAGAAGAUCAGCUAUAAUUUACAACGCUGUAUCCGGAAGUUAUCCAUUGCCUCUCUCAACCACGACCUUCGACAAUGAUUCAGUAUGUGAAUAUAAGAAAUUAUUGAUCUUAUUAGGUAUACCAUUCCCUCGUGAAACAUUGAAAGAUCCAACUGCUACCGAAACUCCAAUAGUCGCAAGAUGGUUAACUCAGUGGGCGAUGCAAGGUAGAAUCAUACCAACAUUAGAAUAUCCAGGUACAUAUGAACUAUUUAGAUUACCUGAUAAAUGGGAAGAUUUGGUCUUAUCCUAUUCAAAUAAAAUUUGCAAGAAAUGUAAAACGAAACCUACCUAUCCUGCAAUUUGCCUGUUCUGUGGUGAAUUGGUUUGCCUAGGUGGUGAUUGUUGUUCAAAAGGUGAAGAAGGUGAAUGUAAUUUACACAUGAGAGAGUGCGGAGCUGUGGUGGGAAUGUUCGUAGAUAUAAGAAGAUGGAUAAUCCUUUAUUUGUAUGCAGGCUCAGGUAGUUUCGGUUACAUGCCUUAUCUAGAUCAACAUGGUGAAUUGGAUAUAUCGAUGAGACGAGGACACAGACAAUAUGUCCAUCUCGGUCGACUUGACGAACUUCGCAAAUCCACUUGGUUGAUGCAUAACAUCCCGCAUCUCACAGCUAGAAAACUGGAGUUGACAACGGAUGGAGGUGGUUGGGGAUGUCUUUAG